UCCCUCCCGGGGCUGAGUCGCUGCGCCGCGCUCUCCAUGUGACUUCAGUUUCCGUCCGUUCCUUCCGCAAGUGCUAAAAUAAUCUGAUGCCCCGGCGCGAGCGGGCAGUGAGGACGCCGGAGCCGGGCGAGAGGAUGCGCCCCGCCGAGCCGCCUGGGCCUGCGGGAGCCUGCUGCACUUGAGAUGGAGCUACUGCCCCUCUGGCUCUGCCUGGGUUUGCACUUCUCGGCCGUGGAAUGGAGGACUGGAAACAGAAUGGCCGCAGCGGCAUCCCCGGGGGGCUGCAUGCUGGUGGACGGGACCGCUGACUGUCGAGGGCAGAACCUGGCUUCGGUGCCCGGCGACCUCCCGCCGUCCUCCCGCUCGCUGCUCCUGGACGCCAACCCGCUGCGGACGCUGGGGAACCGCUCGCUGCAGCGCUACCCGCUCCUGGAGAGCCUGAGCCUGCGGGGCUGCCGUCUGGGCCGCCUGGCGCGCCGCGCCUUCCGCGACGGGGCGGCCCUGCGCAGCCUGGCGCUGGCCGACAACGCGCUGGGCGAGAGCCCGGGCGAGACGGCGGCCGCGCUGCGCCGCCUGCGGGGCCUGCGCCGCCUCGACCUGUCGGGGAACGGCCUGACGGAGGAGGCGGCGGCGCGCCUGCUGCGCAACCUGUCCUCCCUGGAGUGGCUGUCGCUGGCGCGCAACACGCUCAUGCGGCUGGACGAGGGCACCCUGGCGGGCCUGCGGCGCCUCCGGGAGCUGGACCUGCAGCGGAACUUCAUCUUCGAGAUCGAGGGCGGCGCGUUCGACGGCCUGCCCGAGCUGCGGCGCCUCAACCUGGCCUACAACAACCUGCCCUGCAUCGUGGACUUCGGCCUCACGCAGCUGCGCCUCCUCAACGUCAGCUACAACGCGCUCGAGUGGUUCCUGGCGGCCGCCGACUCCGACGCGGCCUUCCAGCUGGAGACCCUGGACCUGUCGCACAACCAGCUGCUCUUCUUCCCGCUGCUGCCGCAGUCCAGCCGGCUGCACACGCUGCUGCUGCGGGACAACAGCAUGGGCUUCUACCGCGACCUCUACAACGCCUCGUCGCCGCACGAGAUGGUGGCGCAGUUCCUCCUGGUGGACGGCAACGUCACCAACGUCACCACCGUCAGCCUGUGGGAAGAGCUGGCCUUCAGCGACCUCUCGGCGCUCCGCGUCCUGGACCUGAGCCAGAACCAGUUCCAGUACCUGCCCAGCGGCUUCCUGAGGAAGAUGCCCGCCCUGGCCCACCUGAACCUCAACCAGAAUUGCCUGAGGACGCUCCACAUCCGGGAGCACGAGCCCCCGGGAGGACUCACGGAGCUGGACCUGAGCCAGAACCACCUGGCCGAGCUGCACUGGGCGCCGGGGCAGCCCAGCUGCCUGAGGAGCCUGCGCUCCUUCAACCUGAGCUCCAACCAGCUCCUGGGGGUCCCCGCUGGGCUCUUCGCAGAGGCCAGGAACAUCACUACAAUUGACCUGAGCCACAAUCAGAUCUCACUCUGUCCCCCUCAGCCGGCUGGCCUGGGCCCCGGGGGCUCCCCGCCUUGUGUGGAAUUUAGGAACAUGGCCUCUCUGCAGCACCUCUCUCUGGAGGGCUGUGGGCUGGGAGCACUACAGGACGGCGCCUUCCAGGGCACCUCCCUCACCCACUUAGACCUGUCUGGCAACAGGGGGGUUCUGAAUGGGAGCAUCGCCCCUCUCCGCCACGUGGCCCGCACUCUACAAGUCUUGUCUCUCAGGAACCUGGGCCUCAGCCCUGGCUCCAAGGAAUUGGACUUCUCCGGCUUCGGGAACUUGAGGGCCUUGGAUCUGUCAGGAAACGCCCUGACCAGUUUCCCCAGGUUUGGGGGCAGCCUGGCGCUGCAGACCCUCGACCUGCGGAGAAACUCGCUCACUGCCCUCCCGACGAGAGCCCAGGCGGAGCCACUUCUGAGAAGCCUUCGCACCCUCUACCUCAGCCAGAAUCCCUAUGACUGCUGUGGGGUGGAGGGCUGGGGCGCCCUGCAGCGCCUGCAUGCCGUUGCUGACGGGGCCAUGGUCACAUGCAACCUCUCCUCGAAGAUCAUUCGCCUGAGAGACCUGCCUGGUGGCAGCGUCCCUCAGGACUGCAAGUGGGAGCGGGUGGACAUGGGCCUGCUCUACCUCGUGCUUAUUCUUCCUAGUUGCCUCACCCUACUGGUGGCCUGCACGGUCAUCUUCCUCAUGUUCAAGAAGCCUCUGCUGCAGGUGGUCAAGAGCCGCUGCCACUGGUCAUCCAUAUACUGACCGGGCUGGGGCUGCCCUCAGAAGCCAGCUCUGAGGAAGGGGCCAGGUCUCUGUCCAGUUUCAAGGCCUGAGGCUGAGGCCAAGGAAUGAUGGUUUAAAUUCAAGUUGAAAAGGU